GCCGGCGCAUAAAAUAUUAAUUCGCGCAUGCGACUCGCAACUCUUCUAGCAUUCUAACAAUAAGUUGAAGUAGGCAUUUCUUCAUUCACUUUGUAGAUAGCUACUCAGCUAGGAAAGUGCGAAGAAAGCAGUGAGGCCACAAUGGAAUCUGCCCACAUUGUUCACUCAUCCCAUCCAAAAGUGCAUAUCCCAGAGGUGAAUCUGCUUGACUUUGUCUUUGAAAGUCAUAAGAACUUCAGCCAGGAGGAACUAAACCGGCAAUGGAUCGUUGAUGUGCCAUCUGGGAAAAGUGUGACAUUCCGACAGGCAAAGUAUGACGCACAAAAAAUAGCGAGCGGAUUGGUCAAACUCGGGUUCAAAAAGGGCGACCUUUUGUUUUUCGUGACGACAGCUAUGGCGGAGCUAUACCUCUUCGAGUUGGCCGUGUGGAUGCUUGGCGGUGGGGUCAAGGGGGUCGGUGCAGUCGAGAGUCAUGAACACUUCUAUUUGCACCAAGUUAACGAAAUGCAAAUUAAAUAUGUACUGACUGACUGUGAAACGUACGACUGUAUGAAAAAAGCAGUCGAUGACUCAAACUGUCGCGGCGUCAAAUUUUUCUCUUGCGGUGAAGUUGCCGUUCAAGGAACUAUCCAUAUUUCUAAUCUCUUAUCAGAGGACGCAAUUGUACUUCCUGAAGUCAAUGUGGACGUGCGUAACGAUACCCUAGUGAUCUGCAACACGAGCGGAAGCACUGGAAUGCCCAAAGGCGUUGUUCACACGCAUUACUCAUUCACAGCGAAUUUGAUCAUGAUGGAAGCUCUGAAAAUGCGACACUCUAUUAUGGAGUUUGUGAUCAAUUACGGGGUCGUGAAUGUUUGCCUCGCAAUGUACUCUUUGAAGUACGGUCUCACAGUAUAUCACCUAAAUAAAUUCGACAAGAAUACCUAUCUAUCUGCACUCCUCUCUUUUAAACCUCGCUCAAUAGUGUUGUAUCCAUAUCUUGCCGCUUCAUUUGCGAGAGAUCCUAUACUAAGCGAUGUGCGGCAGCAAGGUUUCCUAAAGCAUGUGAUGAUAGCAGGUUGGGUAUUGGACUCGACAACUGCGGCUCUUCUCUCAAAAAACCUACCUGACACUCACAUCCAGCAGGUGUAUGGCAUGUCCGAAAUUUUGUAUGCCACUGCCACAGAAAUACAAGAUUCAGGAGAAGCAGCCAAAGUGCCAACUAUCAAAAUUGAAGGACAAACCUUCACUUGUUCUGGCUCAAUUCUUGCCAAUAUGGAGGCAAAGAUACUGGACUCAGAAACUAAGGAGCUGAAACCACCUUUGGAGGAAGGUGUGCUUUAUGUUCGCACUCCCGGAAUGAUGCGAGGUUACUUUAGCUCAAGCAAUGUGACUAUCAAGUCAGAUAUUGACCAAGAUGGCUGGAUUUGCACAGGAGAUGUUGCAUUUUUUGACACUCAUGGGCGAAUUUACUUGAAGGAACGUGCCAAUUUCAUGUAUAAAUAUUUGAGUCACAUCAUUGCGCCGAGCGAAAUAGAGUGCCUUCUACAAGAGCAUCCGGCGGUGAUGGCUGCAGGUGUGGUCGGAUUGCCCAAUCCAGAAACAAGCAACGUGACCAAGGCCUACGUUGUUCUGAAAGCAGGCCAGCACUGCACUCCUGAGGAACUGUGUGCGUUUGUCGCUAAUAAAAUGCCGGUGCGAAAACAACUGCACGCAGGAGCAAAAAUCGUUGAAAAACUGCCAGCCAAUAGGGGAGGAAAGCUUGACAGAAGAGCUCUUAAGGAGAUGGCAUUAAAGGAUAUGUGAAAAACGUUGUUUAUAAUUGAAGGAUAGCGAAAUUUAUUUAAAUAGAAAAUGUUUUGGGGGAAA